UCUUAGUCGUUCUGCCAGUUUCAUGCAUGCAUGAAAUAAUACACAUUAAGAACUGAAACCUUCAUACUGGUAGCUCAACUGACUUAAGUAUUCGCUGCAGGAAUCAAUUGCUCUUUUAUUGAAAAAAUAUAUAAUUUAACAAAAAAAUUAUUUCUCUGAGCAUCCAUCUCGCUAUAUUGUCACAAGAUCUGGGUUGUACUUGGUUUAAAUGUAAAAUAAAGAGCUGCUAGCAUCCUCAACCUGGCUGACCUAAUUAGAGCCCUCCUCCUGUGUCCCGUAAAAGGAAAACUGCCUAAGACUCAGUGCCGGUGCUCUGACUAAAUCGUGUACACACAAUGGCUGCACUUGCCUCAUGCUGGCUGUUACAAAGUGAAAAUUUAAGUUCAUCCUGAGCUGCUUAAAUGGUACCACUGGGGAUAAACCAAAAGCUUAACAGGAUUCAGGCUGCACAUGAUACAGGGCUUGGAGUAGCAUUUUGGUUUCAAAGGUCAACCGAGCUACUGCUUUCAGUCCAUGUGCUCUCUGCAGGCAAAAGCAGACAAAGGGACAAGUGUGCAGUUGAACAGUUAUUUCCUAAGGCUGAUGAUUCCUUCUGUAGUUUGAGGCAAUGCCUGAAAUGCUGGUGGAAAUGGAGCAGGAAGAUGUUGAUAUUCCCAGUAGGCGAGUUUUGAUUACUGGUGCCACGGGACUUCUUGGCAGAGCUGUGUUUAAAGAAUUCAAUGAAAAUAACUGGAAUGCAGUUGGCUGUGGAUAUAGGAGAGCUCAGCCCAGGUUUGAACAGAUUAAUCUUCUGGACUCUACUGCAGUUCAUGACAUCAUCCACGAUUUUCAGCCUCAUGUUAUAGUGCAUUGUGCUGCUGAGAGAAGGCCAGAUGUUGUAGAGAGUCAACCAGAUGCUGCUUCUCAGCUCAAUGUGGCUGCUUCAGGGAACUUGGCAAAAGAGGCAGCUGGAGUUGGAGCUUUUCUGAUCUACAUCAGCACAGACUAUGUAUUUGAUGGAACAAGCCCUCCUUAUAAAGAGACUGAUGUACCAAAUCCCCUCAAUUUAUACGGUAAAACCAAACUGGAGGGUGAAAAGGCAGUCCUGGAAAAUAAUGAAGGUGCUGCGGUACUUAGGAUUCCUGUCUUGUAUGGAGAGGUAGAAAGACUGGAAGAAAGUGCUGUGACUGUUAUGUUUGAUAAAGUGCAGUUCAGUAAUAAAUCUGCCAACAUGGACCACUGGCAGCAAAGAUUUCCUACUAACGUCAAGGACGUAGCUACUGUUUGUAGACAACUAGCAGAGAAGAGAAUGCUGGACCCAUCAGUAAAAGGAACAUUUCACUGGUCUGGCAAUGAACAGAUGACUAAGUAUGAAAUGGCAUGUGCAAUUGCAGAUGCUUUCAACCUUCCCAGCAGCCACCUGAGACCUAUUACUGAUUGUCCAGUUGUGGGUGCUCUUCGUCCGAGGAAUGCUCAGCUAGACUGCUCCAAGUUGGAGAUGCUGGGGAUAGGUCAGAGAACACCGUUUCGAGCUGGGAUCAAAGAAUCACUUUGGCCUUUCCUUGUCGACAAGAGAUGGAGACAGACAGUCUUCCAUUAGUUUGUAACUUUUUUAGUAAAAGUAUGUUAUGUGGCACUUUUUUAAAAGAAGAAAAUAGUUUUGUAUGAGUGUUCUUAAAUUGUGACAUUUAUGAGUUUUCAUUUAAUCAGGUAAACAUAAGGUCUUGCACUAGUGGAAUUAUUAGCCUAAAAAAAAGUUCAGUGACAGAAACUGAGCCUAUUCAACAUCAUGGAUCUUUCCUUCCGUUCGUACCAGUCUAACUUCAUGUCUGUUCCUAGCGGAUUAUGGUUCUUAGUAGUAAGUACCAUUUGAUGCUAAGAAUGACUCAUCACUUGUGUACUUACUUUUGGCUGAAAUCUGUUGUUGAUGCUUAAGGUCUGUGCCAUUGUUGUAUAUACCAUUUCUCUUCAUUAAAAGACAUUGUCAGUUCCUUUGUCACCAAAAAUCAUGAGGUUUUUGUUUUUAACUUCUGAAGGUGGUGUUCUUAUGAAAUUAAACUGAAGUAGGAAUCGUUAAAUGUUUGUUUUGCUUGAGCUCUGAUCAAAAUGUUUUUUAAAAAAGUGAAACUUUAUUUUUGCAAUUAUCAAGUGUACUUUUUAUGCUUGAAAUAUUUUCAGAAUGUUCUGUAACUUGAAUGCCUGCAGCUUCAUAUUUGUACAGUAAGUUGUAUGCAUUUGUUUUAAUGGUGACAUAAAAAAGCUAGAAAAGGGCUGGGAGGGUAGGGAACAAAUAGUUUUGACCUGGGGUGUUUUUUUGGGGGGGACUGGAGUUGGAGGAUUAUUUUUUUUUCAGUUGGGGUUUGUUGUUUUUUUUUUUUAUAGAAGCAUGUAAUAUCUUCAUCUUUCUCUUUUUUGGGGGGCAGUAUUUGGGAUCGGCGAAUUUAAUGGUAAGGAAGAUGUUUGUUAGUCAACACUGCAGCUUCUUUUGCACAGACUGCCAGAUCUUGCACUGAUGUAGCUUGUUCUGGAACAGCAAAGCACAUGUGUUGAGGGUUUGCACCGUAAUAAUGUAACCACAAUAGUCUAAUAUAAGCAAAUCUUUAAUCUGCUGAAGUCUAGUCCUUAAAGCUGGACUCAGUAGCCAGGCAAAGUGGAGGCGGAACACGGUUUGUAAAUGGUGGCUGCCUUCUGAAGUUCUAGAAUCAACAUUAUAAAUGUUCUGAUAUUGCCAGCGGAUUAUUAGUAAAACUGAGAAAAGUUGCAUUUGGAUGAUCAUAUAUUUUUCUGUGGUUGAAAAGAAGGGGGAUGGGAAAAGGUUUAGCUUUUGAUUUAAAAAAAAAAAAGGGGGGGUCCCCACAAAAAUAGACCUACUGAAGAUCUUCUGAAGGUCAGCUUUACAUCCAGUUAUUUAAUUUCCAACUGUCAUAUGCUAAGAGUUCAUAAUCUUGAUUUGCUUUUAGUCUGAAUUCCUGAUAUACACAUGGUAACCUAUCUCCAAAAUUACAAUAAAUAUAUAUUGCCAGCAUGAGAAA